GGAGUGUGUUUGCGUCCGUCCUGCGGGUUGAAUUAAAUCACCGGUGCCGUUGGUUGCGCUGGCUGCUGCCGUCGGAUCCAGGUCCCCGGAAACACUCGAGUGCUACGGUAGCACUGUUCAGAUUCUGUGUUUUCUUUUCGUCGUCGACAUGGCCACCUUCACAAGAAUCGAGGACGGCGACAGCCCCUCCAUCACCAUCCACCCCGACCACAAGAUCGCCAAGAUCGACGACAAGAUCUAUGGCGGCUUCACCGAACAUAUGGGCCGAUGCAUCUACGGGGGCAUCUACGACCCGGGCAACCCGCUCUCGGACGAGAAUGGCUUCCGCAAGGAUGUCAUCGAGGCUCUCAAGGAGCUGAAGGUGCCGGUGGUCCGCUAUCCCGGCGGGAACUUCGUUGCCACAUACCACUGGCUCGACGGCGUUGGUCCGAAAGAAAACAGGCCGAGCCGACCAGAGCUGGCCUGGAUCGGCACCGAGACCAACGAGUUCGGCACGGACGAGUUCAUGAAGUGGUGUGAACUCGUCGGCUGCGAGCCAUACCUGUGUCUGAAUUUCGGCACCGGCACUCUGGACGAAGCCCUCGCCUGGCUCGAAUACUGCAACUCGGAUCGCAACACGUAUUAUGCCAACCUCCGCCGCAAGAAUGGUCGCGAGAAGCCGUACAAUGUCAAGUACUGGGCCCUCGGGAACGAGUGUUGGGGCCCGUGGCAGGUCGAGCAGAUGACUAAGGAAGACUACGCGAAGAAGGCGUACCAAUGGGCCAAGGCGCUCAAGCUCCUCGACCCGAGCAUCACGCUGAUCCUGUGCGGCGAGACGGGCUACUCGUCCUGGGACCACUACGUGCUGAAGGAGUGCGUCAAGUGGGACGUCCACGGCCUGGGCAACGAGAACACCACCAAGUCGCUUAUCGACAUGCACAGCAUCCACAUCUACACGGCCGACAAGGAGCACCUGGCCAACGCGACGGCGCCGCGCAGCGCCGAGCGCGCCAUCCAGAUGGCCAGCGCGCUGAUCGACCUCGCGCGCAUCGAGAACAAGGUGCCGGCGACGGUGCCGAAGCAAAAGGUCUGCCUGGACGAGUGGAACGUGUGGGACCCCGCGCGCGCGCCCGGCGAGCAGGGCGCCGAGGAGCAGUACACGCUGUCGGACGCGCUGGCCGUGGCCGUGUUCCUCAACGGCUUCGUGCGCCAGGCGCGCGACCUCGGCAUGGCCAACAUCGCGCAGUCGGUCAACGUCAUCUCGCCGCUCACGACCAGCCCGCGCGGGCUCGUCAAGCAGACCAUCUGGUGGCCGCUGCUGCUGUUCAGCCGGUACAUGCGCGGGCACACGGUCGCGCUCAACGUGCGGGCGCCCGAGUACGCCGGCCGCACGCAGCCGGCCUGGAUCCGCGCCGCCAUCGAGACGCCGCUGCUCGACUGCAGCGCCGCGCUGGGCGACGACGGCUACGUCAACCUGGCCGUAGCCAACCUGAGCGAGGACCGGGACUACGAGGUCGCGCUGCACGGGCUGCGGCCGGCCGGCGACGGGAAGGUCGCCGUCUUCACCGUGACGGGCGACAACGUCCACGUCACCAACACGGCCGACGAGCAGAAGGUCGGCAUCCGCGAGGGCGAGUGGGACGGCCAGGGCAAGUUCACCUUUGGCAAGCACUCCUUCACCCUGCUGCGGUGGAAGAGCGGAGCAUAAAACCGCAUCGCCAGUGAGUGGGCACGCAGGUAAUGGGUCUCGGCGGGAUA